UCUAGCAAGGGUGUCAAUUUUUCUUUAUUUUUAAAAUCAGAUCAUUUAAAGAAGUUAUUUACUACAAAUGACUCUACACACGCACGCACGCACAUACACACAAACACACCCAAACCUUUUUAAAGAAACGCUAGAACCCAACCCCCUUUAGGCCAGAGGAAAACAUUACAAUGUACACGCACUUGUGCCUGUUGCCGUAGAGUAAUACGGUAGCAGCAGGAGAUUACGGUACUAGCUGGGCUACUGCCUGUGUUACGUCAGCGAGAGCUGCAAAGUUCCUUGCUAUUCUUUUCUGGUGUCGGGGAGCUGAAUAUUAAAAGGGUGAUUGUGGAGUUAUCGGUUAUCUGUAUUUUUUUUUUCUUUUUCUAUUUUGACUCUUUUUAAAAAUGCAGGUAAAGUGACAGCGGGCCAGGAGCUUAAAGACAUCGGUGGUGGAGGGGUGAGUCAGCGGGUGCAAAAGGACAAGGAUUUGGUUCCUCGGAGAGACGGUCCCCUCUCCGCCUCCAGAGAAGAGCAGGCAGGCAGCUCCCGGGACCCAAGCCGGGUCCACCUCCCACGCUCGCGAGCUGGUGGCUCAGCAGCGGCGCUUCAGGUGGACGCGUUCAAACGAUGCCCGGCAGCCGCCUGUGUCUCAACACAUAUUUCACACCCACGUCCCCUGGCCUGUGCUCCUAGAAGCUGGAGACAGCAGGAGCCUUCGGUGGGGCAGCUCAAAAUGUAGGUAACUGCGGGCCAGGAGCAGCGCCCACAUGCCAUCGGUCCCUGCCUUUGAGCGUCGACGGCUGAUCCUUUGGUUUGAGGGGGAGACUGGCGCUGGAAUUUUGAAUUCCGAAUCAUGUGCAGAAUGCUGAAUCUUCCCCGAGCCAGGACGAAUCACACAACGCGGAAAAGCAGACUCUCGUAAUUUUGGAAUUGCAUGUUGCAAGAAGUCUCCUGGAUCUUCACGCCCACCCUCGGGUAGGGAGGGAGUUGGGGUUCGGGCUAGGCCAGCCCAGCAGGUGGAGAGGGUCUCGGGCAGCCCCGCGCUCCCCUGGCCAUGUCGCCUUUAAUGCCCUGCCCCUUCGUGUGGCCUUCUGAGGGUUCCCAGGGCUGGCCAGGGUUGUUUCCCACCCGCGCGCGCGCUCUCACUCCCAGCCAAACCCAGCUGGCAGGGCUCCCUCCAGCCGAGACCUUUUGAUUCCCGGCUCCCGCGCUCCCGCCUCCGCGCCAGCCCGCGGGGUGGCCCUGGAGAGCCGGACCUCACCCGGCCCCGGCUGGGACCAUGGUGUUUCUCUCCGGAAAUGCUUCCGACAGUUCCAACUGCACCCAACCGCCGGCACCGGUGAACAUUUCCAAGGCCAUUCUGCUCGGGGUGAUCUUGGGGGGCCUCAUUCUUUUCGGGGUGCUGGGGAACAUCCUAGUGAUCCUCUCCGUAGCCUGUCACCGACACCUGCACUCAGUCACACACUACUACAUCGUCAAUCUGGCGGUGGCCGACCUCCUGCUCACCUCCACGGUGCUGCCCUUCUCCGCCAUCUUCGAGGUCCUAGGCUACUGGGCCUUCGGCAGGGUCUUCUGCAACAUCUGGGCGGCAGUGGAUGUUCUGUGCUGCACCGCGUCCAUCAUGGGCCUCUGCAUCAUCUCCAUCGACCGCUACAUCGGCGUGAGCUACCCGCUGCGCUACCCAACCAUCGUCACCCAGAGGAGGGGUCUCAUGGCUCUGCUCUGCGUCUGGGCACUCUCCCUGGUCAUCUCCAUCGGACCCCUGUUCGGCUGGAGGCAGCCGGCCCCCGAGGACGAGACCAUCUGUCAGAUCAACGAGGAGCCGGGCUACGUGCUCUUCUCAGCGCUGGGCUCCUUCUACCUGCCGCUGGCCAUCAUCUUGGUCAUGUACUGCCGCGUCUACGUGGUGGCCAAGAGGGAGAGCCGGGGCCUCAAGUCUGGCCUCAAGACCGACAAGUCGGACUCGGAGCAAGUGACGCUCCGCAUCCAUCGGAAAAACGCUCCGGCAGGAGGCAGCGGGGUGGCCAGCACCAAGACCAAGACGCACUUCUCGGUGAGGCUCCUCAAGUUCUCCCGGGAGAAGAAAGCGGCCAAAACGCUGGGCAUCGUGGUGGGCUGCUUCGUCCUCUGCUGGCUGCCUUUUUUCUUAGUGAUGCCCAUUGGGUCUUUCUUCCCUGAUAUCAAGCCCUCUGAAACAGUUUUUAAAAUAGUAUUUUGGCUCGGAUAUCUAAACAGCUGCAUCAACCCCAUCAUAUACCCAUGUUCCAGCCAAGAGUUCAAAAAGGCCUUUCAGAAUGUCUUGAGAAUCCAGUGUCUCCGCAGAAGGCAGUCUUCCAAACAUGCCCUGGGCUACACCCUGCACCCGCCCAGUCAGGCCCUGGAAGGGCAGCACAAGGACACGGUGCGCAUCCCCGUGGGAUCAGGAGAGACCUUCUACAGGAUCUCCAAGACGGAUGGCGUUUGUGAAUGGAAAUUUUUCUCUUCCAUGCCCCGUGGAUCUGCCAGGAUUACAGUGUCCAAAGACCAAUCCUCCUGCACCACAGCCCGGGUGAGAAGUAAAAGCUUUUUGCAGGUCUGCUGCUGUGUAGGGCCCUCAGCCCCCAGCCUUGACAAGAACCAUCAAGUUCCAACCAUUAAGGUCCACACCAUCUCCCUCAGUGAAAACGGGGAGGAAGUCUAGGACAGGAAAGAUGCAGAGGAAAGGGGAAUAAUCUUAGGUACACACCCCACUUCCUUCUCAGAAGGCCAGCUCUUCUUGGAGGGCAAGACAGGACCAAUCAAAGAGGGGACCUUCUGGGAAUGGGGUGGGGGGUAGACCCAACUCAUUAGGCAGUGGAUAGGGCACAGGGAAGAGGGAGGGUUUCUCACAACCAACCAGUUCAGAACGAUACAGAACAGCAUUUCCCUGCAGCUAAUGCUUUCUCAGCUAAUGUCACUCUGUGCCCGCUUCAACGAAAACCACCAUGGGAAACAGAAUUUCAUGCACAAUCCAAAAGACUAUAAAUACAGGAUUAUGAUUUCAUCAUGAAUAUUUUGAGCACACACUCUAAGUUUGGAGUUAUUUCUUGAUGGAAGUGAGGGGAUUUUAUUUUCAGGCUAAACCUACUGACAGCCACAUUUGACAUUUAUGGGGAGAGGGCCUAGAGAGGAAGAGCAUUAAGAUGGUGGCCGAGAUCCAGACACAUUAUUUUUAGAGCAAAUUCUGAAACUCCACCCUUUCUGACACAUCCAAUUUCUCAGCUUGAGGGAAACUUGACAGUGAAGUUUACCUUUGACUGCACUUUGAAUGGAUGCUGCUCCUCAUUUCCCAAAGAUGAGAGUGAGGGGCACUCAUGAUGUCUCAGAAUGUAGCAUUCUCUAUCCUGGGGUCAGGAGAGAGUUGAAAGAACCAACCAGGGCAGUAUGGCUUUUCCCAAGAGAAGACAGUAGACCUGAGCAUCAUUCUUUCAAUUUAACUACUAGAGAGAAAAUCCAUUAAACAGUUCCAAGAUCAGAUGAUGAUAGGCUUUCUCUCUAAUAUCUUUAAACAUCAAGAGCUUGGGGUGGCUGUUAAUUUCUUGCAAAGACAGAGGCUGUUCACUUACUGCACAGCCAUUUCAACAUGGCUUACAAAAGGCUUUCUUGACAAAUCACUUACCUGUUCCAGAACUCUGUUAUGAAAAUCCAGAGCUUAUAAUAUUUUGAAAGGCAAAAGAUUGUCUCCCAUUACUUCUCAUCUGCUUCACUAUUGCAUAAUGAAUGAGCUUCACCUGUGGCAUGUUGGAAUGAGCCUUAUGAUCCAAGUACAUUCUUCCCGAACUUUGAAAUAUACUAAUGCUUAGCUUCAGAGAGAUACUGAUGGAUCACCAAAGAACUGUCUAAAGCAGGAGUUUGCAAACAUUUUUUGAUAGAAGCCCAUUUAUUCUGGAAAAAGAUCCAGUAGUCAACUCAACUUCAUCUAUUCCUACUUUUCUGCAAGAACUUGGGGAACAUGCUAUAUUUUGCUUUAUGUGUACCAAAUUUUGGUAAACCAUAAUAACUCAGUAUAGAACCUGCGUAUCUCUUUCCUGAAAUGCUUGGAACCAGAAGUGUUUCAGAUUACAGAUUUUUUCAAAUUUUGAAAUACUUGCAUAUACAUAAUCAUUAUCUCUGGGAUGGGACCCAAGUCUAAACACAAAAUUCAUUUAUGUUUCAUAUACACUGCAUAUGCAUAGCCUGAGGGUAAUUUUAUACAAUAUUUUUAAUUGACUGUUUUGGACUACAACCCAUAGACAUGAGGUCAGGUGUGGAAUUUCCCACCUGUGGCAUCAUGUCGGUGCUCAAACAAUCUCGGAUCUUAGAGCAUUUUGGAUUUCAGAUUUUUGGAUUAGGGCUGCUCAAGCUAUAGAUUACUAAUGAGGAAGAUGGUAACUAUAUGCAAAAAUUAUAUAUGGCUGCCAUUCCACAAUAAGGAUUUAAAAUAGGAUUUAUGUUUUUGGAAUAAUUCUUGACAACCAUCAGUGGUCUAAAACUAAAGACCAUUUGCCUAGCCUCUUUCCUCUGUUAAGGUAAUUCCUCCAAGAAAUUCAAAGCAGCUCUAACCUUCACAGCAAGAGUAGUGGCCUCAACAUCCUUUUCUUCUUCCCUUGCAGCAAAAUGAUAAUUUCCUUAAAUCCUUGUCUAAAAAACAAAUCUCUUUCCACGUUGCAAUGGAGGGUAUGUUUGUAUGUUUAUUUGAGUUUUGUUAUAGGUUGUGUUGAGACCUGGAGUGUGACUGUUUUUUCAGCCUUUUUCUGAAGAGUGUCUUCUUACUGGCCAGAUACAUAUUCAGCCUUGUGUUCAGAACUUGGAUUCUGGCACUGAGAUGUUGGCUGGAUUUUUAGACUCUUCUGUUCUCUCUGUGUGUCCCAUAAGAGCUCUGCCAGAUGUGGAUGUCCUAUUAUAGAGGCAGGCAUCUAGGAAGAACUUGAAUAUGCAAACCCUCGCUUCUCUUUGGCCUUGAUAGGAAAGAUCAGUUUCAUUGCUGACAAGAGUUUAGUCCAGAAUCUAAAUAAGAAAAUCACUUGCCCCACUCCUCCUUACAGAAAGAGCAUCCCCACGGGAAGAAUGAUUAUCAUUUUUCUUCAGCAAAUUAUGGUUCCAUGUUAGAGAUGAUCCUUUAAACACCUUUACAGACACAUUUAAAUUUUAGAUAUGGGAAAGCUUAGAAACACAGGAAAUCUGGCACUAAUGCCACAUCUAAUCUAAAUAAACAACUAGAGAAUCUUUCGGUCAUCAGAUUAAAACCAUGACAAUUGUAUCCAUGUAAAACUAUCCGUAAAUAAUUGUCUGCUACACUCUUCUCCAGCUCCCUCUCUCCAGGGAGGUAAACUUUUAACUUUUUUUUCCUUUCCCAUAGCAUGAUACACCAAUUUUACAAGAAAUUGAUAACGUCAACCAAAACUUAGUCAAAGUGGGGUAAACAAUAUAUGAGUUGAAUUACUUUUCGCUCAUUCCCUCUAAAUCUCUGUACCUUUAGGCAUGCCAAAAAAUAUCUAAAAUUGUUGCAGUUUAGCAAAUGAUUGUCAUAUUUAUACUCACAUGUUUACUGCUUCUAUUUGGAGUUUGAGGAAUUUACCCAGAGUAACGAUGUCUUCUCUAAUGUGUUAUAAAAAGUACUUGCUUUGGGAUUGUCUAAAUAUCACAAAAAUCAACAUGACAUUAUGGGAUAGGGAAAAUUUGAGUUUAUUCUGACAUUAUGGGAUAGGGAAAUUUUGAGUUUAUUCUGCAACUCAAACUGCAUGCAUUAAGAGAGACCCCGAAUCUCGUUAUUCAAAAAUUUCCCCAGACUAUGUCAAGGAUUUCAGAAAAGCAUUUUGCUCGUCAGUUUUCUUUCAUUUGCCUCUCUCAUGUCUUAUCCAAGAGGACUUCUGCUUGUAGUCACAUAGCAUGUCUAACACUCUCCAAAA